AUACAGAGUAGUACUCUGUAUGCUUAUAAUUACAAAAUAAAAGGUUAACCACAACAAAAUAUUGUGAAAGAGAACUUUUUUUUAUUUUAAUUGUGUGAUAAAAUAGUUAAUUGCUAUCAUUAGAUGAUACUUAUCAUUUAGAGCUGACGUCAAUAGUUUGUUUCUCUUUAAAAGUUUUAAAAAUAUAAUAUUGCUAAAAAAUGAAUGAUGAACAGAAUUCUAAAAACAUUUCUCAAAAGAUCGGAUUUAUUGGUGGAGGAAAUAUGGCCAAAGCAAUCUGUGAAGGAAUUGUAACAAAUGGUCUAGUAACAUUUGACCAAAUUUACGUGUCAGGACCACGUCUUAAAAAUCUAGGUUGGUGGAUCGAACAAGGCUGUAACACUUACCAGGAGAAUGAAAAAGUUGUCAGUAAAGCUGAUAUUAUUUUUAUUUGCGUAAAACCCCAUAUAUUAGAAACAGUAACUAGCGAGCUGAAAUCUACAUUUUCAAGAAAUAAGGAGGUACUACCAUCAAAAUUGUAUGUUUCAGUUUUAGCGGGAAUAUCUCUAGAAACUUUAAAUAAAGAACUUGAAUCAUUACAUGGGAGAAUUAUACGAAUAAUGCCUAACACGUCAAUGGUAGUUGGAGAAGGUUGUACUUUAUUGAGUCCAAGCUCUUCAGCUACCGAUGCAGAUAAAGAACUUGUUUGUGGAAUUGUAUCUGCAACAGGAUUAUGCAAGGAAGUACCAGAAGAUUAUAUAAAUCAUCUUGGAGCAUUAACAGCUAGUGGAUCAGCUUUUAUUUACAUGAUUUUAGAAGCAUUAGCAGAUGGAGCAGUUAAAAUGGGAAUUCCUAGAGCACUAGCAACAGAAUUGGCAGCUCAAACAAUUUUAGGUGCAGGAAAAAUGGCAAGAGAUGCAGGAAAACAUACUGCUCAAUUGAAAGAUGAAAUAUGUUCACCAGCUGGUACAACAAUACAAGGAGUUCAUGCUUUAGAGAAACACGGGAUCAGAGCUGCUUUUAUAGAAGCUGUUGAAGCGACUGCAAAAAGAGCUGUGGAAAUAGAAAUUGCAAAUAAAAAAUUUAACUAAUCAAAAUUAUAUGAAGAUUCAAGUAAAUUAAUUCUACAGACAGAUUUUAAAUAGCAAUAUUUGAAUUUUUAUUAAAGUAUUUUAUUUUUAUAUUUUCUGUUAUGCUGCAAUAAAGGAAUAUUUUAAUUGUU